AUGGUUCGCUCUCGCGUGCUCUCGUUUCUAUCAGCCUUUGGAGGACAGUCCCGGAAAACAAGCCCGGAUGGGGGUGGACGACCGACUUCAUCGUCGUACAAUGCUCCUCCAUCAAGGUUCGAUACACCUUCUCCAGAUACACCUUCUCCGCACGAUGGCUCUCCGUCAAAAGCCGAACGGCGCAUGUCGCGGCCGGGCUCGACGCUCUUUACAACCAAACCUCCGCUUAUGCAAUUAGCGGAGGACACUCCUGCCGAACUGCAGCGCAUCUUUUCGUAUAUGAACAGCCAUGCGAACAAACUGUACUUCGAGGGAUAUUUUCUGAAGCUGAAUGAUUUGGAUACGAAUGGUCGUCCAUGUGCUGAGCGACAAUGGGUGGAGUGUUAUGCUCAACUUGUCGGAACAGUCUUAUCCUUAUGGGAUGCCGCUGCGCUGGACGCAGCAGCCGAUCCAGCAGACGUGUCUCCAACAUUCGUUAACCUCGCUGAUGCGUCAGUCAAAUCGAUUGAAACGCUUCCCACACAAAACCAGGCUGGAGCACAAUCUCUCCAAAACGUCUUGAGCGUCUCGUCUGCCGGUCAAAACCGUUAUCUUCUUCAUUUCGACUCCUAUGACUCCUUGAUCCAAUGGGCCUCCGCAAUUCGCCUCGCCAUAUAUGAACACACUUGUCUCUACGAAGCAUACACCGGUUCUAUCAUUGCCGCAAAGGGCAGAGAAUUGAACAAUAUCCGAAUGAUUUUGGAGCCCACCCGAUUCAAGCAUGAAGAUUGGGCCCGUGUGAGAUUCGGGGCUGGAACCCCCUGGAGGCGUUGCUGGUUUGUGAUCACGCCACCAGAUGAGAAAGAGCUGCAAAGGGCAAGGAAGACUAUGAAGAAGAAAUCAGCGUAUGACCGUGCGCCAAGGCUGGUAAUAGGAAGCAUCAAGUUCUAUGAGACGAAGAAGACGAAGAAGGUGAAACCUUUGGCGACAAUUACCGAUGCAUAUUGUGCAUACGCCAUCUACCCCCAAUCGAAGGCUUUGAUCGAUCAGUCGACUCUGAUCAAAAUCGAGGGGAACUUCAUCUUACACUCGCAAUCGGAGGCUAAAAUGGAAGGGUUUGUUUUUGUAAUGCCGGAAGUCCAUCCCGCUGUGAGUGGGUUCGAGAUGAUGCUCCAAUUCUUGAUACCAACCUUUGAUACCUUCAACCUCUACGGACGCCCGAACCGUCUUAUCGCCGCAGUAAACCACGUUAAGAGUAUUAUGUUCGCUUUUCCGGACCAGGAACGGUAUGACUACGUUGAUCUGAUGGAUAUCGCGAAUCUCAUGCGGACUCCUGGUUCUCAGAACUGGAGUGAGGCGGAGUGGAGAAGGCAGCUCAAGGAUGCAACCGCACGUCGAAUGGCAAAUGUCAGCAGCAGGACAAGCAGCAUCACCACACACAAGCCUCGCUUCCGUGCUAGUCUCCCGACUAGAUACAGUAACGUCCCCGCAGCGGCGUCAAGUCGUAAGGGAGGCUUGCCGGGUUACGUUCCUGCGUUCAACCAGUCGGUGGAUGCUGUGGUCCAGCAGGUUCCUAAAGAGGAGCCGUUUACACCAUCGCCACACUCGCGAAGCGUGUCCGACACAACGAGAUUUGGCCCCCAGCCCCCUCGAAGGCCCGCGAUGGUGGAGAACUCUGCAGCGUCUUCCACACAUGAUUUGACUCAAAGCCCCAUUGCCGGGAGCUCCCAUGGCCGAACUAGCUCCGAGGACAAUCGGAUUGAUGAAGCUGAAGAGGAGCCGGCACAAGUACCGUUUGCUCAACAGCUCACAUCUCCAGUAUCCCAUACUGAUCUUGCGCCACCCCCGACCCUGACUCACGACCCUAGAGACGCGCCUCCUGCCAGACCACGGCCAUCAUCAGACGCACGGAGAGCCAACGUACGCAUGUCUGAUGCUACUCUCGCACAACUCGUCGCUGCAUCCGGCGGUAUGAACUUAGCGGACAGACCUCCAACGUCAGGAAGUCAAAACAGCUGCAACUACGCUAAUAACAGUCCUGUAUCGCCAACCUCGUCACAGGCAAAUACUGAUGCUCGUCGUUUUGCCCCAGCUUCCGGUAGCCUGGCUACCCACCAACCUGAAGCGACGGAACAGGCUCCGCCCGUACCCGAGCAUAACUUCGGCGUCAGCGGUGCCCCGACGUCCUAUAAACCAUCCCCGCAGGAAUCCCCCAAGCCAUCUCCCAAGGUGAACAGAUUUAGCACCCAGAGCAUCCGAGUUGAUACCGAAAAGGCCGUCAAACGGAAGCCUAUCAGCCGAACACCAACGCAGACCCAGGUAGUCAGCCCGCAAAGUUCCGUUGGUGAGCCUAGUUUCGAUGAUCUCCGCCAUACCGUCGAUGAAGAUGCAUUGGACAUGGUUGGCAUCGUCAGCCGCCCCACUUUUUCUGCACCCAGAAGGCCAAUACAGCCAGAGGAAGAAAGUGUCUACGGUGAUGAUGAGUCCACGACAUCUCCUGACUACGCCAGCACCAAAGGAUCACUAUAUAGCAAGAACUCUGUUAAGUCGGUACCGAGGCCUAGGAUGGGAGUGAAGAAAACCGUGGGAACGGAGCCUCAGCCAAAGGACGUUGUUAUCGGAGAUGCGCGUUAUGCUAUGGAGGACAAACCAAAGCCUAAUCCAGACAUCCCCACAAUUGACUUUGGGCCAACUUUGAACUACCUGCCGACUACUGGACGCCCGAGUACGUCAGACACGCUGAAGAAGUUUGAUAGAGGUGAGCCCGGUGUCACGGAAAAGCAGCGGUACUCACUACCUGUACACGAGGCGGACCGCAAUCAUUCCAGAUCACCAAACCGAGACGACUAUCGGCGGAGUGUAUUGUGGCAGCCAGGGAUGGCAGCUCCACGUCCGGUAACCCCCGGUGGUGGUCUCACGCCUGAGCAAUACGUGCAGCAACGAGCGGCUCCCAGUCCUCCGGUCCAUGCGCACGCUCGUACGCCCUCUAGUGCAACAAUAACACCAGGCCCUCGGCCCGUUUCUGGUGAUUGGACUACUUAUUCGAGGCCAAAAUCACAAUUGGGUCUUAAUCAAGAUGCCGUCCCUCGGCCCAGGUCUCGCGGCGCCAACAACAUGAUGAACUACAAUGAUGUCUCAUCGCAUCUUUCGGCCCGCGAACAGGAGCAUGUAGCCCGCAUGACCGGGUCCUCGUUCUUCAAUCUAUCUGGCGAUAAACAAAAGACACCACCGCCUGUGAAUCCGAUGGGCUUGGUUGGGGCAAUUGAUGCUCGGGAGCAGGAGAGGAGGUUGAUGAAAGAGGGCAUGUCCAACCAGAUGGUGCAGCAUGCUAUUGCUCAACGCCAACAUCACUGGCAACAGCAACCACCGCAACCCCAACAGCAGUUGGCAGCGACCCCUCCCCAUUCGUACGGUGUCCAGGCCGGGCCUGGCAGCUUCUACAACAUGCCAGGAGCAAGCCACACAUGGGACGCUUUGAACCAAACCUACCGACCGGAGGAACCUCGACGUCAGUCUUGGUAUGCGAGCCAGUUCGCCCCCCAGCCUCCACAAGCAGGCCCUCUGCCUUAUCAGGCGAACCAAUACAAUCCGCAGCAGGGCCACUUUGGCAAUGCCAAUGCGUCCUACUACUGA